GAUGUCCGUCAUUCAUCAGUCAGCCACUUACCCAAUAAAAUUACUUCUAGACUCAAACUGUGUUAUCUUGUAUGCCUCCAUACCGUAUACCGGUUUAACAAGGUUUGCACGAAGCGCCAUUGAGUAAACAUCAGGCAAAGUAAUGCACAAGAGAAAAGAAUCUUGAAAUCCACUACAACUGUGCCACACUUGACAAAAAAAGAUUUGGCUGACCGCGUAUUUGCUCACUACUUGCCUAGGAGAGCUGUGGUAUUGGUGUGCCCCCGAGCAGCAGCAAGACGUGUGCGGUGAACUGAGGAGUGAUCACUAACCGGAACAGAAAAAAAUAGUAAACAAUCGAACUCGUGCGAUGGGCAGCCAGAUGGAUAAUCUGGACCUGCUCUCGGAUGACGAGCUGCGGCACCGGUUGGUGCAGUAUGGCUUCCAGAACCUACCGGUGACCGGGACUACCCGCAAAAUUCUCAUCAAAAAGCUGCGAAACCACAUGGAAACGGAAAAGAGUAAACUUCGUCGGGAAACUUCCUACGCCACUCGGUACUCAUCUGGCGAGGAAUCCGACAGUGGUGAUCGAAGAUCGGCCAGACGAACUACAACGUCCGCCAGCGUUAAAACAUCGAUGCCACCACCCCCCGCCAGGACAAUCGUCACGAAACGCAUCAGCUCCAACUCGGCCAUAUCACAAAACAGCAGCAGUUUGUUGAUGAACAACAAUAAUAACAAUAACUACAAUCAUAACAAGGCUAUUUCACCGACAUCUGGGCGAAGCUCAGUGUACAUUUCGCCGGUCAUAAUCAACGACAGUGAGGAAGAGGAUUACUCAAGUGGUCUGAAACCUUCUGGUCGGAACUACGGUGAUACAAAACCUUCACCGAGUGCGCUGUUCCGGCGGGCAACAACAUCGUCAUACUCAACACCAUCCAGGUCAACUUUGGCACCGGCACCGACAAUGAGCUAUCGGAACACCCUCAGCUCUACCCCAGUAAUAGCAGCUGGAAAUUCAACUACAACAACCGAUGGGGGAUCGCGAACGCCGCACAAUGAUUCAUCCAACUCCAACGGCAGCGCAUCGGAUUCUCCGUUCAUUAGUGAGUACACCAAACGGUUGCUCCAGCUCCGGGGAGAAACGGUCUCCCAGGAAAGUUACAACUCGGCCAUCGGUAGUGCCAUCAACCACCGAGUAGCAGCCCCGGGCGGCAGCAAUCUCAACCUUAAUCACGCCGGAGCCCCCAUUGUGGGCAAUCACUUUCGGAACCGGUACAGCAACAGCUACUCCAAUCGCUACUCGACGAACAGUCACGACGGUUCCGGAAAUCUGAACGCGAACGAUAUUGUGUCCCAUGCGCAACCACCACCCGGGGGGCUUUUGAGUGAUCUACACCAGCCGGCACAGCAGCAGCAGGCACAGAUUCCGCUGCGAAUGGCUCUGCGUAAUCUCAUCAGCAAGCUGGACGAACACUACGGGCUGAAGCAGACCUUCAUCCCCUGUGCGCUACUGUGUCUCUUUAUCGCUUUUCUGGUGUUUGUGGCUUUCAUGUAUCUGACUAUCAGUACCGACAUUGCGAGCACCCUCAGUUCGAUUGAUACCAGCUACGAUCUCUGCGAAGGAUCUUCCCCGGCCAACCCUAAUCACUGCGUGGUCCAAUCGGAUGUGGAACCGGCCCUGGAGUUGCUGAAACUGGUCGGAACGGAACUAAAAGCCCGGGUCGAACACAGCAAAUGCGUCGACUCGAACGUGCCCUACUGGAUGAGUGCAGAUGAGGUGUUGAAGCUGGCCAAAGAACACAACCCGACGCAGGUGAUUCCGCAAUUGAGCCGGCACCUGCACACCAUGGAAUAUCUGAUCGACCGGAACCCGCAGUGGAAAAUUAACCACUGUGAUCAGGAAGGGCGCGAAAUUGACUUCGCGGAAGUGCUCCGGAAGAGAUCGACUCGAAGUAACUAUUUCGCGAUCCUGAAGCCCAAGCUACCGUUCACCUGCAUGCUGUACAACAAAUUCCACACGUUCUUCGUGAUCGUCGGUGUGCUGGGAUUGAUUGGAAUAUCGACAUAUCUUGUAAACUAUUUCUACAAAUUCGUACUGUAUGUGAAGCAGAAACGUCGCAAUCAGGUUAAUGGUCUAAUCGGAGAAAUAAUCCAGGCCGUGAGCCAAGCGGCAGCGAUUGGAAACGGUAGCGAUUCUACGGACGAUGGCGGUUUGAUUGUGGUGAACCAUUUGAGGGACCGAUUGAUUCCUCCGGAUAACCGCAAAAAGCUAGAGUGGGCAUGGUUGGAAGCUCUGCAGUUCCUUGAACAGAAUGAAAGCAGGAUUCAGUUUGAGGUUCGCAACCGAGGAGGUGAAGAUUACAAGAUGAUGAGAUGGACCGAUUCUAAUCAAUCCUUUCCAUCGGCCGCUGGACGUUCUGCUCCCGGUGGAGCGAAGAAAUGGCAAAGUCCGGCCUUUGACAAUACUAACAAAAUCCCCGACCCACCGACGCCUUGCCUGAAAAUCCGACAGAUGUUUGAUAAAUACGAAGUGAACGAUCCAAACUUGAAAACGAUUGUACAGGACGCCAUUCUGGAGAAAGUUGGUCCCCGUUGUAAAAUCUACGACAUUCAGAUGGACCGGAAUAGUUGCUGCGUCUACGUGCGGUGUGCAUCGUCCAAGGACGCCGGAAUAGUACACGACGAGAUCAACGGUUGGUGGUUCGACAAUCGGCUGGUAUCGAUCAAAUUUUUGCGGCUCGAGCGCUACCUGGCUCGAUUCCCGCGAUCGUCGGCUGGUCCCGUUUUCCUGAAACCAUCGAACCGCAACAAUAGCUCUAUGUCGCAGCAGCAACAACUAGCAACCGAACGGCCAUCCGUUAAUCCGCUGGAGCGGGACGAAGCAGAAGACGACGAAGAAGAGGAGGACGAUCUCGAGCUCGAUCAGGAGCAAGAGUAGUGCUAAAUACUUUGGAGUUGAAAUUUUUAUUUUUUUUAUUUCUAAGUUUUAGAUCCUAAAUUUUACUAGAGACGUAAAUUUAAAAAGCGGCUGCUAUUAAUAAUUGUUUGAAUUAAGCAAAUGUCUAUUUUUUUGAGGACGCAACUUCGCUUUUGUUUUGUUUAUCGUUCAAAAAAGAGUUUACUUACUAGGGCGACCACUACUAAUGAUUGCAAAUUUAACCUGAAGUGUAGCGAAAUGAUUAACAAUAAAUAACUAAUAUCGUUGACGUUACAAAAAGGCAAUUCUAUUGAAAUUAUUAAACUGUUGGUGUGUACUGUAAACUGUUGACAUUUUUUUUUUGUUUCUUCUAAUAUAUCGACGAAAAGAAGAAAUAAGUAAAUCAUAUUUAAGAAAAAAAACAAACUGUAAAAAGCAAACUCGACUCGCAGACGGCAGAAAAUAAAUCAUUGAGAUCAAGAAGAACAAGCGCUAUCAUUAAUUUUAGCUGGAAUAAAAGUACGAUACAAACAACAAACGUAAACAAAGUAGAAGGAUUCUAUCCGACGACAACUAAAGCAACAAAACCUUAGGGUUAAGUUUAGUUAAGGAACAGUGUAAAGAUGAAAAAAGUGAGCGAUCCCCCAAUAAAAAGUAUCUUUGUAAA